CAUAACAAGCGGCAGCUGAAGGGAAUUAAGCUGCGCUUCAUUGAAGCACGCGCUCAGGACAAGGGUGUAUAAAAGAGUGGUGUUCUGGGCAAGCAAGGUGUGGUGUGGUGUAUCUGGGCUGGUGUGUGUCUUGACGGCGGCGUAACCGGAGAGAGCUGAAGGUUGGAUGUCUGAUCGGUGUUCUAGUGGGAAGAGAUUACACAGCAGAGGGGAAGGUCGCUGAUGUGUUCACGUCAAACUUCUGCAGUCGCCAUCCUUGGAGUCAUUCACCCUACAGCAAGAGGAGAAACAGGUCGACUAAUCACUGUGGAGAUGAACUGUGUUCAGGUUUUCCUUUGUGCCCGGAGUGGCGACGGACUCAAGCUGAGCUUGAACACCGCCAUUGCCUGUCCCUCGGGGAAGAGGUGAAGCUGUUGUCCUUCCGCCGACUGGUCUACGAACUCACACACCAGCCGAGCCCGAACACCGUCGUUGUCUGUCCCUCGGGGAAGAGGAGAAGUUGCUGUCCUCCCCUGGUUUGUUCUGUGAACUGACACACCAGCCGAGCCCGAACACCGUCGUUGUCUGUCCCUCGGGGAAGAGGAGAAGUUGCUGUUCUCCCCUGGAUUGUUCUGUGAACUUACACACCAGCCGAGCCCGAACACCGUCGUUGUCUGUCCCUCGGGGAAGAGGAGAAGUUGCUGUCAUCCCCUGGACUGUUCUGUGAACUUACACACCAGCCGAGUCUGAGCAUUGUCGGCUGCCUGUCUCACGAACACUUCCGAGGAGACGAAGGAAGCCACUGUCUCACCCACGAACAUUUGCAUCACUGCUUUUAAUGUUUUAAGUUAAUAAAAUACUUACCCUUUUAAAUCCACUUCUUGUUGUCCGCCUCUUGGUGUCCUCGGGUGUCUGCUCCUCCGGAGUGUGGUUAUUGGCCCUCGGCCCUAACAUCGGUGACAUCACUUUUGGCGUAGUCGGCAGGGUUACCACUCGGAGUUGAGCGGCCGGAGGACCCAGGAUGGCGGACGAGGACUUGCCAGCCGUCCGGCAGCCGAUGGCAUCUAUGUUCAUGGGAGUUCCGUGGGCUCAAAAGUAUGGUGGAUCUGGCUCUGAGUUGAGUUUUUCGGACUGGAGGGCGCAAGUGGAGUACUUGGCCGGACUGCAAGGGCUCAGUGAAGCCCAGAAGAUACAGUUUGUCUUGAAUUCACUUGAGGGGGAGGCGAAGAGAGAAGUCCGAGCAGCACCUGAAGCCGUCCGAGCCACCACACGGGCCAUAUUCGAAUUUCUGUCUGGGCAAUACGGUGAUUCGACUCCGGUGGCAGUGUUACGAACGCAGUUUUUCAAUUGUAAGCAGGUACCUGGGCAGACACUGCGAGCAUUCGCUCUGCGACUACGGGAACUGUUCUCCAGGCUGAAGAAUCGAGAACAUCAUGGACUGGGAGAGGAAGAGACACUGUUAAGAGACCAGUUCCUGUUGGGGUUACGAGAAGGUCCAAUACGACAGAGUCUGAGGUUACAGCUUCGAAGGGACGCCACCCUGACAUUCGAAGAUGUACGUAAGGAGGCCCUAGCCUUGGAACAAGAUCACCAUCAGACUGUAGAAACACCGGUGUGUAUGGCUGCAAGUGGAAUGAGUGCCCCAACACAGCCCGAACCGACCGACUGGAAGCGGACCCUACGUGCGGAGUUAAUGAAAGACGUCCGAGAAGAAAUGGCCGAACUCUCAAAAUCCAUUCUUGGAGAACUCCGCCGUGGACGGCCAGAGCCCCUGCCCCUACCUCGAGAACGUUCGUAUUCUGACGGAGGGAGAGAUCCGGGAAGACGCACCAGCCGUCCGUUCAGUUCCAGGUUCCAGUGGGAUGAGCAGGGGCGCCCGAUCUGCAACACCUGCGGAGAGCCCGGACACUACAGCCGCCAAUGCGGUUCCCGACGUAGCUCGCAAGGGGUUUUUUAG